ACACAGUUAUCAAAUAUUAUCACCCACACACACACACACUCCAUUUCUCUUUCAUUUCAUGUCAAUGGAGGACACCGCUAAACCUCCACCACAGUCGUCACUCUCCUUACCAUGGAGAACACGCAUUGCUGUUUCCGUUCUCACCACCGUCACCGACGCAGCUUGCCGGAAAAACGGCACUGUCAACCGUCGUCUUCUUAGCUUCGUCGACUUCCGGAAUCCGCCAACGGCAAAAUCAAUCAACGGCGUAGCGUCACACGACGUCGUUGUAGACGAGGGUCGUAACCUCUGGUUCCGUGUCUACGUACCUACACAACACGCCGGUGAAGAUCUCCCAGUGAUCGUGUUCUUUCACGGAGGCGGAUUCGUCUUCCUAGCCCCCGAUGUCCUGGUAUACGAUGCCGUUUGCCGUCGGUUCGCGAGAAAAGUGCCGGCAGUCGUUGUUUCUGUAAACUAUCGCCUUGCGCCUGAGCAUCGGUUUCCGGCGCAACAUGAUGAUUGCUUCGAUGUGCUCAAGUUUCUCGAUAAUGAAGAGAAUAGGUCAAAAUCGUUGCCGGAAAAUGCGAAUCUGUUGCGUUGCUUUCUCGCUGGAGAUAGCGCCGGUGGAAACCUAUCUCAUCAUGUUGCUCAAAGAGCCUGUGAAUUCAACUUCCAGCGACUCAAGGUAAUCGGAGUUGUAGCAAUUCAACCGUUCUUCGGCGGAGAAGAGCGGACGGAUUCCGAGAUCCGCCUUGAGGGAACACCAAAUAGUCUCAAUAAAACGAACCGAUUGGAUAUGGAAUGCAUUUCUACCACAAGGGGAAGGGUUCAACCGGGACCACCCAAUCAUCAACGUUAGCGGCCCAAACGCGGUGGAGAUAUCAAAACUAGACUUUCCGGCGACCAUGGUGGUGGUGGCGGGGUUCGACGCCUUACAUGACUGGCAAAAAAGGUACUAUGAGUGGCUGAAAAAGUCAGGGAAAGAAGUGUAUUUGUUUGAGUAUCCAAACAUGUGCCAUGCUUUCUAUAUCUUCCCAGAAUUGCCUGAAGCUGGACAACUUAUUAUGCAGGUGAAAGACUUCAUUCACAAGGUAUCGAGUAAUGUUGCUACUUUGUAGACAAAGUAGUACGUUGGUCCAUUAUCCCUUUUAAUACGUAUGCAUUGUUAGUUGUACCAAACUCUUAUUAUAUUGUACUUUUUGUGGGGUUUUAACCUUGAUGAUCUAUGGCCUAAUGGUCCAUAAGUGGCUAUGCAAUAGUACAAUCUUUAAAUACUCGUUAGUGAAGAUGAUUAAGUGGGAUAGAUUCUUGAAUAUACUUUGUCUUGUUACAAAAAAUAGGUAUGAAAUUUACCAAUUGUAAUGAGG